CUAAUCAUGCCUAUUUUCAUAGAAAUAUCCUCCUGAAAAUUGGUUCAGAAUAGGGAAAUACACUGAAAUAUAUAGGCCCAUCGCUUAGUCUAAAAUCUUAUCGGUAGGACGCUAGUUCUUUGUUCGUCACCUCUAACCCAUUCCUUAAAAUGCAAUCCAAGUCCAUUGCUCUCUAUUUGGCUGCUGCCUCUUCUGUCUCUGCCACCAGCUCUUCUAACGACUUCAAUCACUCGAACAGAACCUUUUCGACUGCUGUCGCUGAUGCAUCUCAAAUGGUUGGUGUUGGUGUUUUCGGUGUCGCCGUUGUUGCCGGUGUCGCCAUGUUGUUGUAAGUUCCUCAUUGUCUAGAAACGAUGUUUAUAUCUUUCGAAAAACAAUGUAGCGCCAAGGUAUUUGCUAGUGGCAGACGUGGAAACUAAGUGAUUUAGCGACUUGUGUAUCAAGUUUUG